UGCGAUAUCCAGGAAGAAAAACAAACACAAAUGAAUGAUCAGAUUAUUAAAGAUAUUUUGGAGGUCCAUGCUCGCCUGUUUGACCACAGACCCAUACUUCAGGGCCAUCUAAAAGCAUUCAUCAAGGAAUUUGAGGAGAAGAGAGGAAACCAUGAGACAGAAUGCUUGAAAAAGAUACAGUCAUGUGUAGCCGAUGUGAAGGACAAAUACUUGGUGGAGACUGCUACAGCCCUGGACACAUUUCUAGCCAAUAUUCAGGCCAAAAUUUCAGUGGCAACAGAAGUAUGCAAGAAAAUAGAGGAAAAAGAAAACAACGUAGAUGUCGGAGUGCUGGAACUAGAAAGGGGGCGUCGCCGAGAGGCCUGGGACACGUUCAUGCAGCAGCAAUUUGAGAAAAGUGCACUGGUGGACAAAGAAAUGGAUGAAGGGAUGAAAAAACUGACAGGCGAAUACGCAGAGAUGGAAAAGAAGCUUGAAUUAGAGUAUCUAUCAUCAUAAAUGUGAACUCUUAUUUGUCGUUAUGAAAAAUGCGUCUUAUUUCAGUCCUCUAUAGUGACUUAAUCAUUCCAGAUCAGUUUUACAAGGUGUGCAUAACAAUUGUUCAAUUUAUUUGUGGAUGAUUAAGUGUUUUGGGUGACCUACCAUAGAACUUGUUAGGUAUAUUCCCAUGUUUGCAUUGUUUUUAACUGCUUAAAUACAUUGAUACAAUUUUAAGCACCAAAUGACUUUAACUCAUGUGAAAACAGGGCUUAUUGCAUGUGCGUGAAAUGUCCCAGAUUAGCCUGUGCAGACCCACAGGCUAAUCAGGGACGACACUUUCCAUUAAAACUGGAUUUUCUUCCAUUUAACAAAACGUGCAAUUAAAGCGUUAAGUGUCAUCCCUGAUUAGCCUGUGCCCAGUUUUUUCAGGGCGAGGAUUUAAUUUAUUCAAUGUGGAUCUGAACAUUUUGUUUAUAACACUUGUACAAGUUUUAGAAGGUUUUAACAUUUCAUUACAAAAUAAUGCACUUUUGCAAGUUACAACCCUGUUAUAAAUCAUUAUCUGAUGAGCUUCAUGUACAUUGCAGUUGUGCAGAUUUUACUGAACUUUGAACUCGGUAAGUUUCCCACACCUGCAAAGUUGAACAAUGACUUAUCUUUCAUAGGACACGUUGUUCAUGUACAUGUAGUGUUUAUUUGUAAACAUCAGAUGAGACUAAUGUCUUAUUUAUAUAGUAGCCUUGUUCUGAGAAAAAUGGGCUUAAUGCAUGUGCAUUGAGUGUCAUCCCAGAUUAGCUUGGGACAACACUUUGCAUUUUUAUGAAAUUUCUUCAUUUUGGAUGAAGUCUCUUCUAAACCAAAAUCCAGAUUAAGCAUUUAGUGUGGUCACUUAUUGGCCUGUGUGGACUCCUCAGGCUAAUUUGAGACAUCUCUUCUAAGAACAUGCAGUUUUCCUAGAAGAUGGCUCAAUUUAACAAAGUUUGGUCUUAAUGUAACAUACAAACAUACAGGAAUAGUUACAUGUCCCAAUACAGCAGGGCUAUUUGUUUAUGUGUGGUUAUUUGAUGACCACUAUCUAAUGCCAUACAUUUUGGUCCUUAAUUUUGAAUGAGGCAACAUUGUUAACCCUUUCAGUGCGGGAACCGAAUUUUAAAGGCCUUUGCAAACAGUUUGGAUCCAGAUGAGACGCCACAGAACGUGGCGUCUCAUCUGGAUCCAAACUGUUUGCUAUUCUGAUAGUAUUCUUUGAAAAAAAUCGAAGAAAAUGCUAAUUUUAGAAAUUCAGCAGACGACAUUUUAGCUGAAGACAAAUUACCCAGCAUGCAAAGGGUUAAUGUUCUAUGCUGUGUUAUUGUAUUUGUAAGUUAGGUCCAGCUGCUAUAGAUUUCUCAAGUAUGAAAGCAUUAAGUUUUUGUGAUUUUGCGUCACUAUGUGCAAUAUUAAAUUAUACCAUGAU